AUCAGUCGUGUGUUUGUGUUCGGUAGAUGUGGUCAUUGCAGCUCGAGUUUCAACAAUAUGGAGUUUCCAACGGGUGUAGUUUUGCUUCUCUUCGUUGCUUGUGUUCGGGCAGCUUCGACAGAUACCGCACAACCUAUGGCUAGCAUGCCUCCGGACUGCAUUCCUAAAGUACAUAAAAAAGUAGAUUAUAUAGAAGAAUGUACUAAGGAAUCCAGAGUAAAUAAAGUCCAUAUAGAGAAAAUGAAAUCUGGGUAUUUCAGCUUGCCGCAUCGUUCAACAUCGCUGAAAUACUGGGCGUUCUGUUACCUGAAGAAACUAAACAUGAUGACUGAGGCUGGAGUUCUCAGGCAGGACGUAGUAUUGAAGAACUUCAAUGGCAAAGAGAGGCUUCAAAUAACAAAGAUUAUUGACAAAUGUUUGUACACGACAGCUCACCUACCAAUGGACACGGCCUGGCACUACCUCAGUUGUUUUCAUAAAAAUGAUUACAAGCUAUGUAAACGUGUACAUGGUAUUUGAAUAAUCUUUAAAAUAAUUAUUUUGUGAUAACAAUGUAUUUAAAAAGCGAUUUACUAAUUUAAAAAAAUAUUUAUUUGGAGUUAUGUUUUGGCUUUUCUAUGUAAUUUAUUUUAACCAGGUUAUUAUGAUGUUCCUUUUACUUUAAGAAUUAAAUAAUUUUAAAUGCCAA